AUCCAAGUAGUCUGUAUUUAGUAGGUUUUCACAGAAAAUAUUAAACAUUUCUCUUAGAUGAAUUCCUGUAAGAAAGUAUUAUCAAGUUCCUAAUUAAAUAACACACAUCCUACUCUAACCAAUGAAGACGAAAUGAAACCCGAUGAUUUCUUACAAGUUGUUCUUUUGGCACUAAUAUCAGUAUUUACUCUAAAGGUGCGCCAGUUCGUAGCUAUGCCGAUUUCUGGAUUGGAAGUGGAGCCUCCAGAAAAUAAUGUGACAGACGAGGAGGCAGGAAGAGCUGCCCGAUGGAUAUUUAAGUCGUCGUCGCCUCCGCCGUCAGAAACCAAAAGUCCAGAGAAGAAAGUGUCGGCUUUGCCAUCCAUGGAGACCAUGGAAGCACCGGCCGGGUUCCAGGUGUUUGGGCCAAAACUGCGUAAUCGGGGAAGGCACACAAAGGUACCAUCUUCGACAGCCACGACCAAUAAUCAUGUAAGAUUUUAUGCUGAACCUCAAGACGACUCCGACUCCAUCGACUCCAGCGACUCAAACGUCGGUGGAGGCGGGGGAAGCAGUGAUUCAGAAUCCUUAUCUGAACCGCUCAAGGAGUUGACCAUCAAAGUUCCGAAAUUCGAUACCGACGAAUACGGCGGUCGAGUGUACAAUCCCUGGGGCGUUACUUUUGGCAGUCUUAAUCUAGACACUCGAUUUCGCGAUGCCCAAUUCGAUAUGCCGCGGAUGUCGAUGGAGAUGAAUCCGGUGACCAACUACUAUCCAGAUUCUGGAAAUAUGAGCACCGUCUGUGCCAACGCAUCCACCGUCUACAACGAGAUCAAGGUCGAAAAGUGGCUGGUGCGGCACAUCUACAACAAGAGGAAGAAGGAGCGCGCCUUCUUCAUGGCCUUCCGCCGGGAAAUCUACGACAUGGCCAAUUCAGAGGAGUGUCACACCGAGGAGCUGGACGACUGGCUGGCCUACCAGGAGUGCGCCCUGCGACGUAACCAGCGCAUGGAGUACUACAUCCCAGAGUAUCCGCGCCAGCAAAUCGCCUUCAACUAGUCAUGGAAAGGUAUAUGUAUCUUCCAGUCAAUAACACAAAUUUUAUGUGCAAUUUUAUCAUAUCAUGGACAUCGGUGUUAAUCGUAAUGACAAAUUUUUAAAUAAAUUUAUUUGUAUCUUGGUCAUCGGA